ACUACGUUUGAAUUAUGUGUUUGCGUUUUUUACGCCAUAAAAACCAAUGUAAUAUCGCGUGAAAUUCGUCGUUACAGAUACAGAACGAUAUCGAUAACGCUUUAUUAAUUUUUUUUAUUAAAUUCGUAUCGUUUCAUUAAUGUGUGACGGGUUGGUUCGCGAACUGUUUUUAACGAAUAUAUUGCGGACAAUGAAGGGAUAACGCUUGGUCUCGCCUUUUUUAUUAAUUUACUGGAAAUCUUAGUUUUUGUAAAAUACAUAAAUAAAUAAAAAUACAAGGGUUCAAAUGUAUUAAUAACGUACGAGCGGCUUUUCUUUAUGGACAGUAGAGUGCAGUAUAGCGCUCUCGGUGGUCUAGAACCUACCGGAAGUGUGUUCACAAGAGAAGAAGAAGAAGUUGGAUUCCGCGGGAAUUGUUUCCUUUAAUUUUGCAAAAGGAGCAAUCAGUAAAAACUCGAAUUUAAAGUCGGUUCGGAUACGCUAAUUAUCGACGGUCCGUCAUGUUCUCGGAGCUGAGCGCCCAGCAGCGGGGUUCCUCUCUCCUCUGCCGUCCUGCCUCCUCCGAGGACCAGGACCAGGGCCCGGUGUUCGAGAGGGCGUCUCAGUGCUACCGCCCCCGCUCCGAGCGCUACACGGUCUUGGUGCGAAGCUUCAGUCGCCAGUACGCUCAUAUUUACGCCGCGCGGCUGAUGCAGAUGAGGCCCCUGUUGUCACAGAGAGCCGAAAACAAAUGGGGAUCAGAUGUGGCUAUCAGGAGGCUGUGUCAUCUUCAGACAGGAGAGCAGUGUUGAUUGUUCAAGCGGAUGGAGCUGCAGCCGUCGAUUCUGAAAGAGAUCAGCGAGGAGCACAACCUGCUGCCCCAACCGCCGCUGGCGAAAUACAUCGGUGAAGCUGACGAGGUGAUCUUGGAGGAGGAGCUGCAGAGGAUCAAACUCGAGGGCAAAAUCGGCCGAGAUAGAUGCGUCGCAGGUCGGACGUUUUCCCCUUCCCGUCAAAGCCGCCGUUAUCCCUGCCUGGGCGAGCGGCGGGAACAGAGCACUACAGCAAAUAUCGCCAGGGUUCUGCUAGCCGGCUGUCUCCUGAGCCAAAGCGCCCAGAACAAGGACGCAUCCACCAAGGCCAAGUAUCAGACCAAAAAGACUCAGGCGGGCGGCGUGGAGGCCGUUCGUCAGCUGGACGAGCUGCUGCUUCAGCUGGUCGCGUCUGUUCCGGUGGAUGUGAUGCCGGGUCAGUAUGACCCCACCAACUACACCCUCCCGCAACAGCCACUGCACCACUGCAUGUUCCCUCUGUCCUCCACCUUGAAGUCUUAUGUCCUCCCGUUUUGA